CGGGCCGCGGAUCGAGGAAGGAGGUGGCGGUGGGGGGAGGGGGGGGGGCUCUCGGGGGAAGUAGAUGGGGGGAUCCACGCGCGUGAUGCAGGUUGCGCACUCGUGAGCCGCACCGCGCCACGAGCCGGCGGGCAUGAGUCGCGCGUCGAGAGUCGAAGCAGAUUGCGCGACCCGUGCCAUCCUCGGCGGCUCGACUCCUCUGCUGUGAGCUGUGACUUCACCUCCUCGCCACCCACCCCCCUCCCGCGAACCCCCCGGGCCAUGUCUCCCCGCGGGACGGAUCGCGCCGGGCGCCCCCAGGGCGCGGACUAUUGAUGGGAAGCGACGCGCGAGAAUUUUCAUUCUUCCGAGGCGCGGCUGGCUGCUGCUGCUGCUGCUGAAGACGAAGAAGACGAAGAAGACGCAGCAGCAGCAGCAUGGUGAUGCGACCCGCGCCGCGGCCUCCGCUCCUUCUGCUCGUCCUCGUGCUUGCCGCUCCGAACAGAGCCACCGGGUCCUCCGAAGCGAACGGGCACCUCUGCACAGAGCUGGAGCCCCUCGAUUUGCUGGCCGAGUCGCUGGCGACGCCGGUGGCAGGAGACCUCCCCCGCGGCGUCACCGUCGUGCAGGAGGGUGGCGUGCGCGGCGCGAGGCUCUCGCCGCGGCGCGCGCCCCACGAGCCGUGGCCGGGUGGCGGCACCCGGCAGCACGGGCUCUCGUUCCCGGCGGCGCGCAUCUUCACCCACUGCCACCGCUUCCCCGAGGAGUUCUCCGUCGUCGUCACGCUCGCGGCGGACACUCGCAAGACGUCGCAGGCGCGGCAGACGCUGCUGGCCGUGGUGCACGAGGGGACGGGGGCGGUGCGCCUGGCGCUGCACGUGUCGCCCACCAAGCUGCUGUUCGAGUUCUCGCCGGGGGGCGCCGGCGGUACAGGGCGCCACCUCGUCUCGUUCGCCGGCGUGCGCGUCCUCGACGCCGCGUGGCACACGCUCGUGAUGAGCGUCGCCGGCGACGGAGCCACCCUGGCCGUGGACUGCGGGGUCCCCGUGCUCGCGGAGAUGGAAACCACCUUCCCGUCCCAGAUGAGCGUGCACCGAGCGACCUUUUACAUCGGCAAUCGCCGCAGGUCGAAGGGCACGUUCACGGGGCUGCUGAGGCAGCUCGUGCUGCUGCCGGGCGCCGACGCCACGCACAUGCUGUGCCCGAGCCCUGAUCCGCAGACGGCCGCACUGCGCAUCCCCCCGGCUCUCGAGCUCAUCCCACCUGGGCCCCCUCGCAGCCGCACUCCCUUCGAGACGGACCUCCGCAUCACCCUGGGAGGGACGCCCCGCUGCGACGGCGGCUUCGCCGGCAGGGUCUGGUUCGACGCGAAGAAGAAAUCCCUGCGUCUGUGCAACGGCACCCACUGGGCGUCCUUGUUCCGAGCUGGGGAGAGACUCAAUUACAUUGACGACCACCAGAACCUGGUGGCCAACUCGGGGACGCGGGACAUUGAGGUGUUUGAGAUCAAGAACGUCGGCGUGUUUGCCGCCGUGGCGAGCGACGACGCCAAUGCGGGCUCCAUCAUCUUCAAGUGGAGCAACGGAACUUUCCAGACCUACCAGGUCAUCCAGACCAACAAGGCGGAGAAGUGGGAGUUCUUCACGAUCGCUAAAGACUCGUACCUGGCCGUCGCCAACCUGGGCAGCGACGCGAGCGGGCAGGAGUUCUCGGUGGUGUACAAGUGGAACCGGCGCCAGCGCCUCUUCGUGCCGUACCAGCGCAUCGUCACGCACAGCGCCCGCGACUGGGAAUCGUUUCGCAUCGGCGGGGAGACCUACUUGGCAGUGGCCAACCACGCGAAAGACCAGAACCUCCUGACGGACAGCGUCAUCUACAAGUGGAACUGCCACGAGCGGCGCUUCGACGAGUUCCAGCGCGUGCCCACGGCCGGCGCCUACGACUGGGAGUUCUUCCGCGUCGGGGCCUUCUCCUUCCUGGCCGUGGCCAACACCUACGACGGCGCCUCCACGCGCGUCGAGUCGCGCGUCUACGUGCUCCAGACCGGCAGCUUCGUCUUCUUUCAGGCCAUCGAGACGUGCGGUGCCACCGACUGGGAGGCGUUCACGAUCGAGGGCAGGACGUUCCUGGCCGUGGCCAACGGCGUCAACUUCGGGCCCCACAUCAUGAACACGAGCGAGUACGCCAUCAACUCGACAAUCUACGAGCUCAACGUGGCCGAGCUCAUGUUCGUCAAGUUCCAGGACAUCCUCACCUACAGCGCCACCGACUGGGAGUUUUUCACCGUUGGGGAUGAAAAAUACCUCAUCGUUGCCAACUCGUUCGAUGGCUCAAGCUACUCGUUAAACAGUGUUAUAUACAGGUGGCAAGGCUACGAACGCUUCGUGCCAGUGCACCGCCUACCCACGGUGGCGUGCGCCGACUGGGAGAAGGCGGUCAUCGGGGACCAGCGCUACCUCCUCUACUCCAAUGCGCACGACAAGGUGUCCAAGGUGCUCAGGCUCAACGUGUCGUGAGGGAGGGUUGGGGGGGUGGGGGAAUGAGCGGUCAUGGGAAAUGCGAAAGCCGUGGUGGUGGGGGGGGUGGCAGGGGUGCAUUUGGAACUCGGCGGUAUCCCCACUGCCCCCCCCCCCCGCGCGUGGCUCGCAUCGCGCUGGGCGGGCAACUGAGAUGCACCCUGAGGCCCAUGACGUCAAGCAUUACAAGCAGGAGGUUUUUAAAAAAACCUCUAUAAAAUAUAUAUUUUAUUUAUGCUUUUCAACAACAGCAGUAGGGAACCGAAGUGGACAGUUCAGUGGGCGAUGGGGGAAACGCGUCGACAGGCAGCUAGUUGUGUUACCAGCCGUGAUCUAGGAAACUGGAUGGAAAGCUGGAGAGGGGGGCGGGCAGGGAGGGAUGAGAAGAAAAUCGGGGAAUAGUCAAGGAGGGGACUGGGGAAAAAGAAGAAGAGGAGAGUGAGCAGGACGGGGGUGGGACGGGGAUUGUUUUGAACGCUGCUGCUGCUGUUGUUGUUGCGUCUCCACGCUGCGUCUCGUCGCCAUGCCAUGGUGAGCCGAACGCACCGCUGCUAAGGAACCGCCGGACAUGAGCCCUUGCCGUGCCGCCGGAUGUUAGCGGGGCGACGUUGGCGCGGAGACGUUAGCGUGGGGACGUUAGCGUGGGGACGUUAGUGGGAGGACGUUAGCGCGGGGACUGCCGCCCGAUGUUGUCCUCCUCGAUGGCGCUUUGUUGCAGGUGCUGCUUGCGCGCGGUGUACGAUUUGUACGUACAUUGAACUUCUUUCGCACCAUACGUAGCCAACCGUGCUAAUCGAAGGUGCGGGGCAAGGGCAGCUAAAACAGCAACUCACAGUCGUCAGCUUCUCUUACCGGUUGCACAAAGCCAACAUUUGGCACGUCUGCUGAAAGACAAAAUGAGUUUUAACCAACGCAUUCAGGUGUAAAUACAUUCCCUAUAAAUAAUAAUGAGAAUAAUUCACACGACUACAAUGCUAUGUUUUCAUAUAAUAUAUCGGAUUAUAUUGUUAAUAUUAUAAAAAUUGUAAGGAACUAUGUCGUUGCUACAUUUAAUAUAUGCUGGCUAGCGAUGUGCUUUUUAAAGCCAGGGCCACCACGCCCAACCAAUCAGUUGCGCAACAAAUCACUCUCAAAUUUCAAGAGACUUAACCGUCCGCAACUGCUUAGUCCACAUCUGAGCGAGCAGUUGCGCAACACAGAAAACCUAAACGGUACAUUUAAACAGUCGCUGCAAAUAAUCAUGAACAUGAUUCAUGACGUGCACGUAUUUCAGGAAUCGGACGCAAUAUUCUAUCGGGAACUCAGAGGCGCAGAGCAAAAGCUCAAAGUCCUUCAUACACCAGCCUACACAGUUGAUAGAGCCUGGAUCAGGUGAGAGCCUGGAUCAGGUGAGAGCCUGGACAGGUCAGAGCCUUGAGCUGUUGCAUGAAGGUGGAUGAUGGUGCUCACAUGCUGCUAAAAAUUUGCAGCAGUGAGAGAGAAAGUUGCAGACGGCCACUGCCGGUGUAGCUACGGGGAAACACUGCUCAGCCAGGAUGGUGCUAGUGCUGGAUGCGAUGAGCCGGUCGUUAGGUGAGCUCCGUAGGAAGCUCAGUGGCCCUUACCUGGUAAAAUGAAAAAAGCAUUAGCUGUCCUGUAUCCUUGAAUUCAUGGGGAGCCAGUGCAAGGCUUUUAGCCAUGGAAAUAUCGUGGUCCUUAGAGCAGAUCGCUUCAAAAUGGAGUCUGUUUCUACUGUGAGAAACCACUUUGUGCAUCUGCUCGUAUUUGGCCGCAGAUAUCAGUUGUGCGCAAUAGAUUGCUGCAAUGAGGGGUAUACUGGAUGUGCUGUGCCAGGUGCGGAUAGAUUUCUUGGUUGCCAAACCGGGAAAGAGCCGGCUGAAAUAAAGGCCAGCCUCUCGCCUAGAGGACCAUAGACCCACACCGGGGAAGGGUGUUUGGCGCAUCGCCACGUGUUGUUACGUGUCGUCGUGUUGUCACGUGUCGUCGCGUCAUCGCGUUGUCACGUGUCGUUACGUCGUUGUGUUGUCACGUGUCAUUGCGUCGUUGUGAUGUCACGUUUCAUCGCGUCAUCGUGACGACACGACGGUUGCGACGGUCGCGAGUGCAAUAUGUCGCUGCUCGGCAAGUCGGCGGCCUGGAUUCCACUCGGCGAACUGAAACCUCUCAAAGUAUCGGUGCUCGUAAUUAUCGAUCUAUUUAAGACGGGUGACAGGGGAACAAUAACAACAAAAACACUGGAGAUUUGAAAAAUUAUCAGAAAAUAUUGGUGCUUUUCAAAAUACAAAAGUAUUUUGUAUAAUUUUUAUAUUCACGCUUUGUAUUUUGUUUUCUACAAGAAACAAUGCACAUGUAUUUGUAUUAUUAUCAUUGUGCUGCACAGUAAUUAAAUUGUGACAAAUGCUACAUAUUGUAGAAGAACACAGCGGUGCUCAAAGAAUAGAGAAGACGCAGUCACCUCGGGUGGCAGGGUGGCGCAGUGGUCACACUCACACAUCACAGUCAGAAGGCCCUGGGAGCGAUUGGAUUUGGAUGCCUUUCUCUGUGGGCUGUGCAUGUGCUCCCCUGCUUUGCAGAGUGAGUGUGAGUGAGUGUGUGUGAGAGUGAGUGAGUGUGGGGUUUGCCUUGUGGCUAAAGCACAGCAAAUUGACACAGUAGGGGGCACAGGUGGUGCAUCAGCCAUUCAUCUCAGUAAGUAGACCCGUGGCACCUGGGUCUGCCCCGUGACCUCCUGCCAGCAGGCUUUUGAAACUUCACGUGGCCUCAAGGUGUACAUAGCCUGGCACAAGCGUCGUGGUGACGUCACCGCCACUUAGUGGCGAAUGGCGGUUGUUGUUGUUGUUGUUGGUUUGUAUGUUCUACCCUGCUCUGCAGAGUGAGUGUGAGUGAGUAUGCAUAAGAGUGAGUGUGGGGUUUGUAUGUUCUACCCUGCUCUGCAGAGUGAGAGCGAGUGAGUGUGCGUGAGAGUGAGUGUGGGGUUUGUAUGUUCUACCCUGCUCUGCAGAGUGAGUGUGAGUGAGUGUGCGUGAGAGUGAGUGUGGGGUGUGUAUGUUCUACCCUGCUCUGCAGAGUGAGUGUGAGUGAGUGUGCAUGAGAGUGAGUGUGGGGUUUGUAUGUUCUACCCUGCUCUGCAGAGUGAGAGCGAGUGAGUGUGCGUGAGAGUGAGUGUGGGGUUUGUAUGUUCUACCCUGCUCUGCAGAGUGAGUGUGAGUGAGUGUGCGUGAGAGUGAGUGUGGGGUGUGUAUGUUCUACCCUGCUCUGCAGAGUGAGUGUGAGUGAGUGUGCGUGAGAGUGAGUGUGGGGUUUGUAUGUUCUACCCUGCUCUGCAGAGUGAGUGUGAGUGAGUGUGCGUGAGAGUGAGUGUGGGGUGUGUAUGUUCUACCCUGCUCUGCAGAGUGAGUGUGAAUGAGUGUGCGUGAGAGUGAGUGUGGGGUUUGUAUGUUCUACCCUGCUCUGCAGAGUGAGUGUGAGUGAGUGUGCGUGAGAGUGAGUGUGGGGUGUGUAUGUUCUACCCUGCUCUGCAGAGUGAGUGUGAGUGAGUGUGCGUGAGAGUGAGUGUGGGGUGUGUAUGUUCUACCCUGCUCUGCAGAGUGAGUGUGAAUGAGUGUGCGUGAGAGUGAGUGUGGGGUUUGUAUGUUCUACCCUGCUCUGCAGAGUGAGUGUGAGUGAGUGUGCGUGAGAGUGAGUGUGGGGUUUGUAUGUUCUACCCUGCUCUGCAGAGUGAGUGUGAGUGAGUGUGCGUGAGAGUGAGUGUGGGGUUUGUAUGUUCUACCCUGCUCUGCAGAGUGAGUGUGAGUGAGUGUGCGUGAGAGUGAGUGUGGGGUUUGUAUGUUCUACCCUGCUCUGCAGAGUGAGUGUGAGUGAGUAUGCAUGAGAGUGAGUGUGGGGUUUGUAUGUUCUACCCUGCUCUGCAGAGUGAGUGUGAGUGAGUGUGCGUAAGAGUGAGUGUGGGGUUUGUAUGUUCUACCCUGCUCUGCAGAGUGAGUAUGAGUGAGUAUGCAUGAGAGUGAGUGUGGGGUUUGUAUGUUCUACCCUGCUCUGCAGAGUGAGUGUGAGUGAGUGUGCAUGAGAGUGAGUGUGGGGUUUGUAUGUUCUACCCUGCUCUGCAGAGUGAGUGUGAGUGAGUGUGCGUGAGAGUGAGUGUGGGGUUUGUAUGUUCUACCCUGCUCUGCAGAGUGAGAGUGGGUGAAGGUGAGUGAGUGUGACUGUAUAGAGUUUGUAUGUUUUCCCCCUGUUCCGUAUGGGUUCCCCCCUGGUUCUCUGGUUUUCUCCCACAGCUAAAAAAGUGUUUGCAAAUUACUCAUUUGGAAAACAGACAGCAGCCACAUCGCUUUCCCGACUGCGAAAACUUGGCCAGACCAUGCUGACAAAGUCUUUCGACUCAAUGAGGCUUUUCUGGGUUCUAAACACAACUAAACUAUUUUGUAUUUACCAGGUAACGCCCACUGAGCUAUAUUGCUCUUUUUCAGAAGCGACCUGGCCACAAAUGAUAGCUCAGUGAAGUUGCUUAUCACGUGGAAGAAUGUAUAUCAGCCAAAUACUCUGAACGCAAGUUUCUGAACGUGGAGUUAAAAACCGGAGGACCCGGAGAAAAAUCCACGCAACCACGGGGAGAACACGCAGACCUCAAAUAUAAAGCAGGCGUCAGGGUCGGGAUCGAACCCACGGCCUUCAGGCGAUGUAGUUAACGUCUCCCCACCGAGGGAGAAAAUGCUGACGCGCUCAUCCGGCCAGGAGAUUGAUGUGGCUGCUUGGCUCAUUGAAGUGUGCGCAGAGGCGAGCGUGAUGCGAUGCCCACGUGUUCGCCUGGGGUAGCCCCGCUGCUGCUGCUCCUGCUGCUGCUGCUGCUCCUGCUGCUGCUGCUGCUCCUGCUGCUGCUGCUGCUCCUGCUGCUGCUGCUGCUCCUGCUGCUGCUGCUGCUCCUGCUGCUGCUGCUGCUCCUGCUGCUGCUGCUCCUGCUGCUGCUCCUGCUGCUGCUGCUCCUGCUGCUGCUCCUGUUGCUGCUCCUGCUGCUGCUCCUGCUGCUGCUGCAGAUGCUGCUCUUGCUGCUUCUGCUGCAGAUGCUGCUCCUGCUGCUGCCGCUGCUACUACCGCCGCUACUAUUGCUGCUGCUCCUGCUGCUGCUCCUGCUGCUGCUGCAGAUGCUGCUCUUGCUGCUUCUGCUGCAGAUGCUGCUCCUGCUGCUGCCGCUGCUCCUGCGCCGCUCCUGCCGCCGCUCCUGCUGCUGCUCCUGCUGCUGCUGCGCUCGACCCCGGUGUCUCCUCGCACGCCUGUCGUGGGGGGCGUGCGAGGAGUGCCUCGUCUGCAGUUCCCGGCUUGUGUCAGCAGAUGGCAAAGCCAUCACGUGGCUCGAGCCAGGCACGUGCAUCAUGCGUGGCGAUUUGCUAUUCACUCAAACGGAAAUCAUUUUCACUUUUCUAUAAAGCUUUCCUUUUUUUGUAAAGGUUUAUGAAUCUUAUAUUUUUCUUCAUCAUUUUAAAAAUGCCUCCAUGAUUAGGUGAUGCAAUCAAAUACUGAUGUAUCAUAUUCUUCGGGUCUUUCGGUAAAACCACGUAGAUAGAACAAAAAUAAUCAAAAUAAUAACAAUAUCACGACGUUUCGAUCGCAACACAAGCAAUCGUCUUCAGGUGAAAAAAGGGGGGUAAAUCUGCCGAGGCAGGCAGCUAAUGCCAAUGUGGGGGAGGUACUACGGAGUUGUGGGGGGUGGCCAUUGUAUUGUGAGCGAUUAGCAUGUCAAUGUAAGAUUGCUUGUGUGGCGAUCGAAACGUCGUGAUAUUGUUAUUAUUUUGAUUAUUUUUCUAUUUGCGUGGCUUUACCGACAGAUCCAAAGAAUAUGAAUUCCUGCAGUCGCGAAAGCUUUAAGUCAAGAUUUACUGAUGUAUUAUAGACUAAAGCAUGUUUUUUCUUUCGAAAUUAAUUCUGGAAAUGCCACGCAACUGCUGCGUUGACCGCAGCCUAAUGGAUGUCGCCUGGGCUUACUUUACCACUGAAUAGGCGGGAGUAGGUGGCACAUGUAGCCGUAGCCAUGGCGAGGAGUGUGCUGGAGGUGGUGUGCCGUGUGCAACCCGGACAAACCCUGCUGAAGUCAAGCCCUGGUAUCAUGCCAGACCCAUAGCCUGGCAUAGACUCCAGUAGAGACCCACAAACUCGCGUAGGGCUUAAUUUCCCACCAGAUACUGUGCUUCCCGGGUGGCUGCAAACACUGGAGGAGGUGUACGGUGACGAGUAGCCGCAGCCAAAGUGUGAGUGGUAUCCCGGAUUUGGCGUGCCAAGUGCGGGAAUAUUUUCCCGGUCGCUGACCCGAUUGAAAUUAAACCCCCAGGCGUGGUGGAGAAAAAGAAAACCCCAUCAAUUGGGCGAGCACAGCACUCGGCACCCGGCCCCCUCCCGUAUCUCUCUCCCCACUCCCUGCGUAAGUCUGCCCCAAACGAGCCUCUGCCAGCAAUCAGCGUCUCGUGUUUACCUGUAAUAGAGGUUGUUGGGUUAGAUCGCGUGACUAUGAAUGUGUCGUUAAACCUGCCACCACCUGGAUGUGGCCCCAUGAGGCUGGUUGUCAUUGCCGGCGAAACGUUGUCCUCGGAAUUGUGAAUGUUGUGUGUUUGCUCUCCAACACACCUGUGCUGUACUGGUCACGAAUUGGCACGUUUUGUUUACGCUUCUUACUGAUUGGCUGUGUCGGGUGGUGGCGGGUUUAACGACGCAUUUAUAUUUACACGAUCUACCCUCAAAAACCUCUAUUAUGGAUGAUAUUGGUCCUGACAGCCGAUGUGUCUCAUGUUUAGUUUGUUAUCCUGCCUCACCGCACCUCCGAUCACCACAGUGAGCGACGCACGGUGCCAAAGAAUUUGUACUCGGUAUGUUUGUAUAACAAAAAACACAUGUUUCACAACAAAGGGACACAGACGUAAGAAAUGUAUUUCACUACAAAUACCCACAAGAUCAAGGUCUCCGGUAUAGCCUUUGCCAGACUGUUGGAACAUCUCUGAAGGCCACCACUGCACACAAUGAGCGUAGGUGGCCAGCACCACGCCCGGCCACGCUUUCGCUCCUGAGUGCUGAUGUUUAGUACGCACCACACCAGGUACUCAUUUUAAAGCUGAGUUGACCUAGAGGAGGCCCAGGGCUGGUUCAGAUAUUCGCCACUGUCACUGGUCGCGAGCGGCAAACGAACUGUGGUCACCAGGGAUGUUACCGCAGUGCGCCAACCGCCACACUCACCGCCCUUACACAGGACCCGCGCGCGCGCACACACACACACACGUUAUAUUUGAUAUACGCGUGCAUUAUGUAUUUUUAAAAUGUGUACAUAAUAUGUUUUGUUACAGCUAUUGGCAGACAGUUCAAUGCCAUGUUUCACUUGGUGCUAUGAUAAAAAUGCGAAUGCUAUUGUUAUUGGUAUUUAUUGUGUAAUUCACUGUUCAAUUAACACCAAAAGCUUUUUUAUGCCACCGUACGUUGAUGUAACUCACUGGCGACAAACAAACGGAAACCUUCGUUGUCAUCAAUCACUGCCAUAUUAGACUGAUUUUAUAAACACGCGCAAUCCAAACUGUACGUAUGCAACUGGUGUUAUAUGAAACCAUUUAUAUUACCGUC